AUGGCAAGGCGAGGGAAAGGUCCGCGUGGGACCGCUGCAGAGGAUAAUCAGCAGCAGGUACCGCAACAGAAAGCAGCAGGGGCUGGCGAAGGGGACGGACACAGCACCGAGGCGCAUUCCUCGUCGCCGCAGUCCCAGCAACUCAGUGAACAAAAUGGAAGCAGCAGCAGUAGCUGCAACGGGGAAGAGACAAAUAGCAGCGUCAACAAGUGCUGCGACGGUAAACAGCCUUCCCAAGCUCAUGUACGUAGCUUGUGUUCCAGCAGCGACAACCCCAGUUCUCAAAAGCAGCAGCAGCAGACGGAGCAGCAGCCGCACCUAGAGCAAGAGCUCGUGCCUGUCCCGCAUAGCUCCGACAGCUUCAACGGUGGCACUCGCUUGACAUCUCUAUCCCAGCAGCAGCAGCUUCAGCUUCAGCAGCUUCAACCGCAGGUGACGUCGCAAAGUUUCCAGAAUACAGGUGCCGUUGGUGAACCUUGCCUCCAUACUCCUCAGCAGCAAAACCAGUUUUUUUCUUUCCCUCAGCAGCUGCACCAGACGCAGCUGCAGAGCGCGAGGUUGGCGGAAGAGGGGCGUGGUGAGACUGUAACUAUACCGGUGAUGAGGGAAACGGGCGAGUCUUCGUCCGAUGCUGAUCGUGUGCUCCGCAGACAGCUGGCUGUUGAUACAGCAGCAGCUAGGGCCCGUAAGAAGCUCCUUGUGGCUUCUGCCGUUUGUUUAGUGUUUAUGGCAAUUGAAGUUGUAGCAGGCAUUGCUGCAAACUCUUUGGCGCUUAUGACGGACGCGUCGCACCUCCUGUCAGACCUAUGCGCCUUUCUCAUCAGUUUAUUCGCGCUUUGGGUUUCCCAGCUGAAGGGGACCUUGUCCAUGUCCUUCGGGUACCACCGGGCAGAAAUUUUGGGCGCUCUUUUGUCAGUGCUGCUAAUUUGGGGCGUCACUGCUGCUCUCGUGGUGGCUGCACUGCAGCGCAUUGCAGCACCGGAAAAGGUAGAGGGAGGGCUCAUGCUGCUGACGGCGUCUAUAGGGACGGCUGCCAACCUAUUCAUGGCGCACAUUCUACACAUACACUCUCACGGGAUCGGUAGAAUUCAUACAGGCCAUGGUGCCGAAGUGGAAGGCGCUCACAGUAGCAGCAGCAACAGCAACAGCGGAUGCUGUGCUGACAACAGCGAAGCAAGGGCUCUAUCCCCAGUACGCUCAGCCGGUUGCUGCGGCAGCAGUGGUAACAGCAGCAGCAACAACAGGGCUAAGAACAACAGCUACGACCUUCACGGACAUGACAAAAAUGAUGCGCGUACGCUGCUUCUCCAGAAAGGACCUAAUGAUAUCGAGCAGCAACAGCAAACAGCCGCUGCUGCAAAAGACGACGUGUAUGUACGGAUGGAAGAGGAUCCAGAGACCGAAAUCGAGAGCAUGAACCUUAGAGCUGCUUACAUUCAUGCGCUUGGGGACCUACUACAAAACAUUGGUGUGAUGAUCGCAUCGGCUAUCAUCUGGUACAAUCCCGAAUAUUCUAUCGCGGACCCAGCGUGCACUUUGCUCUUUUCCAUGUUCGUUAUCUUGACGACUAUUUCUAUCAUCCGCGAGGCAGUAAAUGUGCUAAUGGAAGGUACUCCUGUGGGCUUGGACGUGGCCGUGCUGCAGUCCGACUUAGUGUCACUGCGAGGAGUGCUUGAAGUGCACGAUCUCCACGUUUGGUCAAUUUCCAUAGGACGGCCGGCGCUUGCCUGUCAUCUUGUUGUCUGUGAUGAGGAGGCUGCGCGUCGUGUUCUGAGGGCGGCGACUCUUCUUUGCCAGCGCAAGCAUGGCAUUCUUCAUACAACGAUCCAAACCGACUUCUCGUCCGAUGCCUCCUGUUGCGACACGGAGGCUCAUCAGAAAUGCAUGGAACCUAUAACUCGUGCAGAGCUUUGA